UCACCGAUGCAAAUCCUGAAUUCUGAGCAUGAAGCCCUGAGAGACCACUACAAGACCCCCAUCAGAGGAGCAGCACUAUGUGUUGGAGGUGGAUGCUGUGCUGGCCAAAUCUUGGGCUGAAUGAUCUGACAGUCUCUUCCAGUGCCACAUGUCCUCCUGUCUUCAUGGCCAUGCAUAUGGACCUGAGUACAAAUUCAAUGGGGGAUUUUUAGGAGGAUUGAAGUACCAUUCCUGCUGCUGCACCCUGACCACUUUCUUUAGUCUGGCAACAGUGGAGUAACCAUGAGGUUACUGGGAUGCUACUUGAUGCUUUUCUUCUUUACUUGGGGUCAUGCCAGGGCACAGGGGGAGUACUGUCAUGGAUGGGUGGACACUGAUGGCAAGUACCAGGCGGGAUUCCAGUGCCCGGAGGAUUUUGAUACAGUGGACGCCACUAUCUGUUGCGGCUCCUGCUCAUUGCGCUAUUGUUGUGCAGCGUCAGAUGCCAGACUGGAACAAGGCAGCUGUACCAAUGACAGGGAGCUGGAGAACACUGGAGUCACUGCCCAACCUGUAUAUGUUCCAUUCCUCGUUGUUGGGUCCAUAUUCAUUGCCUUCAUCAUCGUUGGCUCCCUGGUUGCCGUCUACUGCUGCACAUGUUUGAGACCGAAGCAGACAUCUCAACAGCCGAUGAGAUUCACCUUACGCAGUUACCCUCCUGAAUCUCUACCGAUGAUUUUGACCAGUACUAGCCUAAGGACUCCAUCUAGACAGUCCAGCACUGCAACAAGUUCUACCUCUACUGGGGGAUCAGUAUGUAGACUUUCCUCCUCAAGAGCAGAUCCUGGUUAUCUAGUAACAUCACCACCGCCUCCGUAUUCUUCAGCACAUUCCAUCCAUCUCAAUCCCUCAUCCACAUUUCUGGUGCCCACACAGUACUUUUCCUAUCCUCUCCAAACAGAUGGAAACCUAAAUAAGAACUGCCCUGAUUUUAGACAGUAAAACCGUUUGGAAACUAGUGACAAUCUCGAGCGCUGCCUCUAAUUCUACCAGAUGUAAGGCAGCUAUACUACAAGUGAAUGUUCAACCUUUUAAAAGGCCUUAAUAUGGGACUUGGAUAAUAAAUAAGGCAGCAUCUCAUCUGCUGACAGCUGUUUCUGGGUGAUUGCCCCUAAUCAGUGCAGACCGCAGACUAUUGGUUUAACUGGGUGAGAGGCCUGAGUCAGGAUUUGGGAAUACAAUAUCUCCUUAUGGGUGAAGAGCAUAUAGUUUUGUACAUUUAUGUAGAGACAAAAAAUUUUGUACAAUAUUUAGCAAAGAAGUUUCUAAUAUUGUGCAAUAGGAGGUGUAUAAUGUAGCCAACAUUUACUUUUCUACUGGCAAAAAACAGCUGUAGUUGAUUUGCUUCUGACUGUUGGGCAGUAAAGGACUUAAAAAAAUGUGGGUUCUAAGAGACCACAAGUAAAAUCCCAUUAAACACGACUAAAACAGUACCGGUAAGUAAUAUUUAGUGUGAGAUUGGUGGUCUCCAAUUUAAGAUCUAACCAUAAUUUUAUCCCACAUGUGGAAACAACAUACACUCUAUAGUACAUCGAAUACACAAAAAUAAUAAAAUAUGAGAGUUUUGAUUUAAUAUCUUACAAAGGGAAAAGGAUUUAGAAAAUUGUUCAUCAUUCCAAAUUUUAA